GGGGGGGACGACGACGGCGGCUGCGGCGGUGUGGGGCUGGGCCUUGGCUGUGGGAAGCUAAGGGGGAGUGUGUGUGUGGGGGGUGUUGUUGUGCGGGGGCCGGGGCGGGAAGGUGCGAGGUAGGCCUUGGGGCUGGUCUCUGCCUGCCCUCCCCUCGCCCCCACGGGCUUUGUGCUGCCCCUUUUCGGAUUGCUAAUGGAGACUUCCCUUUGUCGGAGCGCAGGGUGACUGGUGAGGAAUUGCCUUCCCCGGAGCCUGGACCUGGGUGUUUUGUUUUGUGUUUUGUUUUUCUUUUUUUUUUUUUUUUUUUUUUUUUUUUUGUGGCCUAGCAAGAAGCGGUUUCCGUUCCUGAGCUGUUGGCAUCUUCUUGCCUGGAUUCAGUCAUUCCCAAAGGAAUGGAGGAAUGCAGCUGAUAAAUCCUUAAGCACCCUGUGCUCCCAUAGGCAGCGCCAGAAGCUGGCUUCGUCUUCUCCACUUUGGCACUUUGGGGGUGGGCCCCUCUUUGUUACCUGCUCUGGGUACCUUUCUAGUGGCACUGUAGACCAAAGGAGAUGGAAGAAAAGGAGCGAUGUGAUAAAUUCCAGCUGGUACCUUGAGACUAAGGGGAUUCAUAGCUUUUGACGUUUGGUGUUUUGUUGGUUUUUUUUUUUUUUUUCCUGGGGGGGGGGGGAGGGAAGUAUUCUAUUUUAUGGGGUAUGGGAGGAGGGAGGAAAAAUAUGUUGCAGAUCUCUAUGUGGUUUUUAAAACCAGCCAUCAGAGGCAAUUACUGAAUAAACUGAAGCACAAGAGGAGGGUUUGUGAGCUGGAAGCAGCGCUAGCCUACAAAAGAAAGGGGCAGUGGGCUGCUGUUGUGACUGUGGAGGAAGAAACUUCAGCCUCCGUCGUUUCUCACCACCUACUCUCCAUCCACCCUGCGAGAAAAUGAGUUGCGUGCCAUGGAAAGGUGACAAGACCAAAUCAGAAUCACCAGAGCCGCCCCAGCUACCACCACUGCAUAUUUACCAUGAGAAGCAGCGUAGGGAGCUGUGUGCCCUCCAUGCCCUCAACAAUGUCUUCCAGGACAGCAACGCCUUCACUAGGGAAACCCUGCAAGAGAUUUUUCAGAGGCUGUCUCCCAACACCAUGGUGACACCCCACAAGAAGAGCAUGCUGGGAAACGGAAACUAUGAUGUGAACGUGAUCAUGGCAGCACUUCAGACCAAAGGCUAUGAGGCGGUUUGGUGGGACAAGCGCAGGGAUGUUAACGUCAUUGCCCUGUCUAAUGUGAUGGGCUUCAUCAUGAAUCUGCCCUCCAGCCUUUGCUGGGGCCCCUUGAAGCUCCCCCUCAAGCGACAGCACUGGAUCUGCGUCCGGGAGGUGGGAGGCACCUACUACAACCUCGACUCCAAACUCAAGAUGCCCGAGUGGAUUGGAGGUGAAAGUGAGCUCAGGAAAUUUUUGAAACACCAGCUGAGAGGAAAGAACUGUGAACUCCUGCUGGUGGUGCCAGAGGAGGUGGAAGCACAUCAGAGCUGGAGAGCUGACGUGUGACCCGGACCGACUCUGUCCUCCCACUACAGCUCUUCCCCUUUACUGAACUCCCGACGCCCUGAAACCUGGAUAAUGGGUGCCCUGACUCUUCUCGUCUGGAAUUCCCUUUGUUAGGCUCUUCUCUUCCUUCCUUGGUGCAAUAGGGCAACGGCGUAGGACAUUGGGGGUGGUGGGUGGGGAAGACUUGAGGGCAGAGCGGAGGAAACUGGAAGCCGAUCACUUUAUUUGCAAAGAGCUGCAUGCCCUUCAGCUAGCGAGAAGGCAUUGCGCUCUUUUAAAACUGGGUUUUGGGGCUAGGGUGUCUGGAGGGCUCUGGCACCCCUUCCCCCAUAUGGUUCAAGGCUGCGUGUGGUGGGACGCGGCUCCCCCCGGGGCUUGCCGGGGAGGAGCAGGGGCCGAGCAUGCUGCUGCCUCUUCACAAGUCUCUCCCUCCAAAACAAGUCGUCGUGAAGACGUUUGCGAUUCCUAAGGGUCUCUCAGGACACUCUCGAACACUAGGAAUGGUACGGUGCUCAGUACGACCCUCUGCUUCCUAGGGAUGGUUUGUGCCAGGAAUUAGAAGACAAUAAUAAAAACAGUGUCAUCUUUGAAGGAAUUCUUUGGGUAGCUAGAGGAUUCUUCCCCAGUGUCUCCAGGGAUUUAUGCAUGUGGCGAGCGGUUGUUCGGCAGCAUGUGGCUGGCUAAGGCGAUGUGGAAACAGCGAGCACAGGCUAAUUGAGGAGUAUUGAGUUUCUGGACUGGAGAGAGGCCGUAGUCCGCUUGGGUUUCUUUGUGCUACCUUGGAUUUUGGGUUUGUGUUUUGUUUUGUUUUUUUUUUUUUUAACAUCUAUUUUGGUUUUCUGCAUGGUCACCCAGUAGUUUAGGGGCUGCCGGGAGAAAGGAAUAAAACUGAAGGGGUUUUGAGAGGAAUUCAUUCCCUUUUAUUUUCCUCUUUCCAAAACUCUAGCCCACAGUUGUGAAUGUCAUGCAAAAUGUCUGAGAAAGAGGUAAAGUUACAAAGAAAGAAAAAAAAAAUGGGCUGAGGAGGGAAGCCUUUAUAAUAGUCAGGUUUUGCCCUUUUUAUAGUUACUACCUGAUAAUGUGGGGAGAUGCAGAGGGUCCACCAGAACCUUCGGGCAUUAGAAAGACGCUGGCCUGGUAGUUGAACCAACCUCUCUUUUAGUGUUGGCAGACAAACAUUCCAUUAAUGGACAAAUCGCUUUUUCCUCCCCUCCCUUCUGUGGGAAAGAGUGACUAGAUGUGGAGAUGCUAAGAGGAAUCUCCACUGGCUGUUUCCUCGUCACCUGGGCAAGCUGCAGCUCAGUCAUGCCUUCCACAGCAGGAGGGAAUGCUGAAUUUGGAACAGACUUUGUCGCGUUUAGCUGCUGUUUGCUUCCCUCUUUUACGUGUGGGAUGUCUAAGUUAAACAGCAAUCUCUGGGAUGUAACGGAGCUUGAAGGAUCCUGCUCCAUCAUGCAGGAAAGUCUCACUACUGGUGUUUGAGCUCGUGAAAGGAGGGGUUAUAACUACCUUUUAUCAGUUACUUUUUUAUCUCGAGAGCUCUGCAAACGCACGAGCAGGUGCUCGGAACCGAGAGACCACCAAAAUCGCACCUUCCUAACAGAGAAUAGAGGCCACGUGACGAUGGGACGAUGCUGUUCACUGACCCCGGACAUCUGGCGAGCACCGUUUUGCAGUCUUUUGAGCACAGCCUCCCGCAGUCAAGGGCAAACAGCUCUUCUGUUUUAAAGACCCAUCGUUUCUAUAAAAAGUCUGAUUUCGUAACACAUUCCAAUGACCGAUACCAGCUGGCAGUUUUGAAACACUUUACAGGCAGGAUGCGCAGCCUGCAGGCAUUCUGCUCCUGACUUGAAGCCAUUUCUUCAAGAGGGGAGAAAAAAAUAAAUCUCAACAGUGAGGUUUUCUAUGCUGAUUAAAGUCGCACUUUGGAGAAACCCCAUUUGCAUGGAAACCGCAAGCCAAUGGCACAGUGCACAAUAUGCAAAGAUGUUUUAAAAUAUUUUGGGGCUACGUUCCUCUCCUUGUAUGUCAGCUCCUUUCCUCUUGGGGGUGGGGGUAAAAAACGGUGUGAUCCGGCUGCUCAGGUAAAGGGAAAGUGUAUGAUCACACCCCCGCGGAGGCGAGCCGGUCCAGUCCCACUGCUUGUGGGAGCGGGGAAGCCCCAUGUUUGUUUUCUUGCUUGUUUGGUUUUGUUAGAGCCUUGUCUUGGGUUUGUUUACAGAGAUGUAUUUUGUUUAACCAAAUAUUAAAAAUGGGAAAGAAAAAAAAAGUUUCCAUAUAAAUGUCCUAUCACUUCUGUAUGUUCAACUGAAUUGUUCUGUAACAAAGUACGUAAAGGAAAAAUAAAUUUUUUUUUUUCUUUGGUAAAA